CUUGCUGUUUUUCGUUUCGUAACAAGUGACUGUGGGCCAACUUUUAUAAUAUCCCAUCAUACGUGUUUUAAUCACUAAAACACACGUGUUACACAUUUAAAUAAGAGAGCGAAAUGUCAGCGUGGAGAAUGUCUAAUAGUCAAACUACCUGUCACAUUGGUCGCUAGGUCAUGUUCGUUUCCAUAGCAACGGGUUGUUGCCUAAUUUUCAAGGCAUGUGCGUCGUAUUUUUUGUGAGCCGCCUGGACAGAGCCGGGAGAUGUGCGAUGCUCCGGUGGAUUUAUCAUUCAGGUGCCUCUGCUCCAUGGCAGAUGCACUUACAGAGGAACCAAGUGGUGGUCUGCAGCCUCUGAAAAGAAACUCUGAAAAGAAAUACUUAAGUCGCUCCCUGCGUCUUAAUAACAACAUCAUCACUGACCUGAGCGACCUCCACAAGACUCUCACCCAUUUUCUGGCUGAGCCGUCUCAGCUCGCCUGGCUGGAUCUGUCCUUCAACUGCAUCUCACACAUAGACCCAGUUUUGUGUGAGCUCCAGCAGCUGCGUGUGUUGUAUCUUCAUGGCAACAGCAUCUGUAACCUGGCAGAGGUGAAAAGGCUGGGAGUGCUGCAAUAUCUGCACACCAUCACCCUACAUGGAAAUCCCAUAGAGACUGAGAGAGGAUACAGGAGCCAUGUGGUUUCUGCUCUGCCUCAGCUGAAGGCAGUGGAUUUCAGCGCUGUAACACAACAGGAGCAAGUCAUGGCAAACGUAUGGUGUCACAGCAACAACCGUGGCAGGAGAAAAGUCUCCAUUGACUGACAAGAGGAGGCUCGUUUAAUCGCUGGACUGCAGUUGGCUUUCUGUCUGUUUCCCAUACCUGCUUAUUCCUAAUCACAGUGCUGAGUACUUGUUUCACUGGCACUCUCUGUGCUCCACAUUCUCAGCUGGAGAGCACUUCAGCCAAGCUGGCUCAUCAUCUCACAUAUUUACUCCAUAUCUGUCUGUGGGGUGAAAUGAGUUUUUCUUUUUUAAAUAAAGGGUAGAGUUUUGUGUUCUAUGCUGAAAUUACCAGUCUAUCCCUGGUGUUUACAAAAACAAUUACUUGAAAGAAGUCAACAUUACAAAACAGUAAUAGCCUACGUGUUAUAAUUUUUGGUUAUUAAGUGAUGCUAGAUGCUAAAUGCACUAGAUGAACUUCUCCCCAGAUGUGCACAUACAAAGUUUGUGCAAUAUUCUUAAGACACACUCACCAGCACUUAUGUUGAAAGUCUUUAAUGAAUUAAUUGACCCAAAAAAAAAAAAAAAAGAACAGAAUAUCUUAAACCUUUUUGGUACUGCUCUAAGAAAUCAUUAAUUACAUAAUUCAGGUAGUAUUACACAUUU